GGCAAUCGCUGGUAGCACACCAACGGUAACGGUUACUGUUACCUUCACAAACAGGUGAAAGUAUUCUUUAGCCACUUUUCUUGUGAGUACAGCCUCGUGAAAACAGUUCAGCGAGUCUGUUAAGGAGAAAAGACCAACUUUUCCUUGAAGCAAUGGCAUCGUCUGCUAUGAUCACCGUCCCCACCACCGCCUCCCGCUUCGCCCUGCUCCAGAUAGACUCGGAUUCGGACUCCGACGCCUCCGAUGCGGGGAAGACCACCACCAAAGGCACACGGGACUCCUCAGGGAAGCCCCGGCAAGGAAAGACAGGAGCAGCCGGGGGGAAAGCGGGUCAGUGCAACGACAAGAAGAAAGACAAGAAAAAGAAGAAGAGGGAGCAGCAGCAGAGUGAGGCAAAUGAGUUACGUAACCUGGCCUUCAAGAAGAUUCCUCAGAAGUCCUCAGCCCCCCCUCCCUCUAUGACACUGUCAGGAAUAGCCAGCGAACUUCUCAAUCCUGCCUCAGGGGAGCACAAUAUACCUUCAGAGGGGUGGCAGCAGUGGAAGCAGAGGGAUGAGCAGAUGACCACUGAGCUGUAUGAAGCCGAUUUGGAAAAGGCCUUGAUUCUAAGUAAACUGGAGUACGAACAACACAAACAGCACAACAACACAAGCACGUCCUCGCCAAAGUCACGAGGAGGAAAAGAGGGUGGAGGGAAGAAGGACAAAAAGAAGAAUCAGCAGGCAAAAGACAAAAAGACUGUUUCACUGCAGGACUUCCAGGCUGAAGGCAGUACAGAGCAUUUGAGUAGGAAACAAGAAAAAGAGGAUGCCAGAGCGGCUAGCCUAGCAUUGGGCGUCGGGCAGGAGGAGCGUUUUUUUAAUAAGCUCGAGGAUGAUGUCAUUCGGAUUAUCCAACAGGAGAAGAGACGGGAGCAGUACGCUAACAGCCAGGGACAAGAAGUCAACACCUCCACGGAACACGAACCAGACCCCCGAGCAGAGCAGCUGAAGUACGAGCUGGAGAAGAAAGACCAGGAAAUCGAUAAGUUAAAGAAGACCAUCUCACAAUGGGAGGGGAAAUACAAAGAGGUGAAAGCACGAAAUUCCCAGCUGCUAAAGAUGCUCCAACAGGGAGAGAUGAAAGAUAAAGCAGAAAUCCUUCUACAAGUAGAAGAGCUGCUACAUAUAAAAGAAGAGCUGUCAUCACAGGUAACAUUACUACACGGUGCCCUUGAACAAGAAAGGUCUAAAGUCAAAGGUCUGCAGACAGAACAGCCAAAACAUCAGGGAAACAAGAAAGGAAAGAAAGGCUCGGAGACAGAUCUAUGAAGGUUUCAAAAGGAAAAGAUAAUAAAAUCAAAAUGAAAUACCUGAACAAAUGAAGAAAAGCUGCACUGAUCACAAUUAGGGUUCUCUUUCCCUUAUUUCUAUUUAGCUCAGACUCAUUGUCAGCAAUGCAUGCCCCUGUAAUUACACAAACACAUAUGCAGAAUACACUCCAGACAUAGCAGGAUGUGUUACACAGCUGAACAUUAAUUACAGAAGUUAAAGAAAAAAAGAGUUAAAGUUUGUGUUGAACUGGUGGCUUGGCACAGAGUGCUGCCCUCUGCAGGCACAAGCCUGCCGCUGCAUCUGUUCUGUUGUAGGCCGAGUGCCUGAUCUGUCUGAGGGUUUUAAUGCCAAAAUGAUAGAUGUGAGAUGUAUGGUUUUCUUUGUUUUUUUCUUUCUCACUGUUAAGUAAGUAAAUACAUAAAUAAAACUCCU